AUUUCGCUCGACAUGUAGUAAUGGGAGUUUGGUAAAACCGUGCGGUCGCGAACAAUGUUUAGAUUUUAAAUAACUCGGCUAUAGUCAUGAUUAAGUGCACUGUAGUUUUAAUUGUAGUUAUAGAGUUUGUAUAUACUUUAGCUGGUAACAAUGAUAAUAUAAGGGCUCAUCCCGCGUGGAAGUUGCUACAGCAGUUCGAAUGUGGCGACAGUGCGGCGGACCGGAUCAUUGGCGGGUUCAACGCCGGACUCGGCCAGUUUCCAUGGAUAGCUCGCCUCGGGUACACAAGCGAAGACGAGCCAGAGAUAGAUUGGAUGUGCGGCGCCGUGCUCAUCACCAACCGGCACGUGGUGACCGCCGCUCACUGCAUCACAGAUGAGGAUACAGGGUACAAAUUGUCCUUCGUCCGCUUGGGCGAACACAACACGGAGACAGACCCCGACUGUCAGCUGCACGUCUGCGCGCCGAAGGUCCAGGAUCGGAAGCCUAAGGUCAUUACACCUCAUGCCAACUUCAACAACCCGGCCUUCCAGAACGACAUCGCUAUCAUCACUUUGGAUAGUCCUGUGCAAUUGCAUGAUUACGUGGCGCCAAUCUGCCUGCCAUACAGCGACGAGCAACUAGUGCCGUUGCCCCUGGGUGAAAUGUUGACAGUUGCCGGCUGGGGCAAGAUGAACAUGACCACGGAGGAGCGGGCAAAGAUCUUACAAUACGUUCAGAUUCCAGUAGUGGAAAAGUCAGCAUGCAACCUAUUCGGGAAGACGUUCAAGAUGACCGCGAUGCAGAUUUGUGCAGGUGCCAUACAUAAUAAGGACGCAUGCGGAGGCGACUCCGGAGGACCCGUCAUGAAGGUGUUUGACAAUGACGAGGGACCUAAGAAUUAUCUCAUCGGAGUGGUAUCCUUCGGACCGACGAUUUGCGGCAUCAAGAAACCAGGCGUCUACUCAUCGUCAGUGGAAUAUCUCAGAUGGAUUUUAGACAACAUAAUGGCGACUUCAAACGAGUCCGACGUACCGCCAGCGAGCAGUGCAGUGUCCGAGGUUUGGCGAGCCGACCGCCCGCGUCAGACCACUUCAAUAACAAACAAUAUGUUUAUAUCAUUUAUAACCCGAACUUGCUUACUUCUUGCCGUCCUCGAAUCGGCGAAGACACAGAACGUUCAAGGAUCCAAAACAUGCAAGAUAAGUGACGACAUAGAAGGAGAGUGUAUUUUGCUACAAAAAUGUCCUCGAGCAUUGGAUUUGCUUAAGUUAAAUGACAUUAAAUCUUUAAGGAAUCUCACUUGUGGAUAUGACAAGCUGGAUGCAAAGGUAUGCUGCGUUACGAACAAAACCGACGGAAUAUCUAUCACCUUCAACACGACUAAAGAUACCGCCACCAGUAGACCUGAAGGCGGUAUAUCUAAUACUCAUAAAGUACCUCCAGAUCCGGUAGCUACCUUCCCUCCCACCACUCCGGUACCAACAGAAUCACAUACAACUAAACUAGUUUACUCGACUACAUUCGUUCCAACAACAACACAUAAACAGAAGAAAACAAAUGCGCCCCAUCAUAACAAUGAAUUUGAUGUGCCAACACUACCACCAUCUUCAGCUUUCACUUUCCGUCCACCAGUGAUACCCACGCGACCACCACCCGUUCUACGGCCACAAGAACAACCUUCCAUUGAAACAGCUAGUGAAACCAACCCAACAUUUGACAAUCCGCUAGGAAUCGAUACAAACAUCCCAUCCAGAUUUCCAGUCGAAGAACCAGACCAAAGCUGGCUACCAGAAGUUUCUGGUGAUGUAACAGAGCAAAUGGAUCGUUUCCCUGUAUUGCAGCGUCCCGUCAAACUGCCAAGUCGGAAUGAGUGUGGACUUGAAACAUCCGACAAAAUUUUCGGUGGGCAAAUAACAGGACUUGACGAGCUGCCAUGGCUGGCUCGCAUCAAAUAUCAGAUGAAGUCGAAAGAGAUCUACGCGUGCCAUGCGUCCCUGAUUACAGAACGUUUCUUAAUCACUGCUGCGCACUGUGUAGUCAACCAGCAAAUAAUAGACGUUCGUCUGGGUGACUGGGACGCUGAGACAGAAAUUGACUGCAUUCAGGAUGACUGCAACGAUCCGCCUGUGGAUGUUAAAAUCGAUGCAACCUUCGUACACCCUUCGUAUAAUAGACGAACACUAGUUGGUGACAUAGCUUUAUUGCGGCUAGCACGUCCGGUUAAUUUUACAGAGUUUAUCCGGCCAGUCUGCUUACCGAAUACAGAAUACAUAGCACGAAUAGAUUACGAUCCCGAUAAUGAAUAUUUAACUGGUGGCUGGGGUAAAACAGAGUUUGAAACGAGGGCCGUAGUUAAAAGAAAAAUCAGACUAACGGCUGUACCAAUGCCAACCUGCAGGGCGGCCCUGCGACAGAUGUCUGACCAGCUUGCCGCCAGCGCCAUCUGCGCUGGUGGGAGAAAGGGCGAGGAUAGCUGCUCCGGAGACUCUGGCAGCUCCCUCGUCCGGCUGGCCAGUGAGAACCGCCGUUUGAACUGGUUCCUCUUUGGGGUAACCAGUUUCGGAUCGAGUAGAUGCGGCUCUGAAGGAAUACCGGGCAUCUAUUCGCGAGUAACGUAUUAUAUGGAUUGGAUUCUGAGCAUUCUUGCAUUGUAACAGAGAAUAGAUUAAUACAUAUUUAAUACGUAAAGUAUGAACGGAAAGUUUGUGAAAACGCAUAAGUGCGUAUGUAAACCACGUAAGUACAGUCAGCAGCAGAAGUUGCUAAGCGGGCCACCCGGCACACCCGUUAAAAAUGAUUUUGACGCGACUUUAUUGUUAAGAUAAUAAGAGCGUGUCAAGGUAAUUUUGAACACCUCGCCCGCUUAGCAACUUCUGCUGUUGACUGUACGCAUGUAUGGAUGUAGAUGUAAGUAAUUUUGCCAUACAACCACUACGUUGGAGUAAGUUCAAUGCCGAUGUAAUAAAUAUACCUUUUGUCGUGUGCGGUUGACGGAAUGCACGAAGGUGAGACGUCCUUAGCAUUCAAAGGGUUAAAGAAAUACUCGUACUUGUAACUAAUGAAGUAAUGAGAUUAUUGUGAAACCUAGACAACCUAGUACAGUAAACAUGCUGAAUUAAUCGUUCAGAUUGUAAGCGUAUAGUCAGCGUGUAACGGGCGGGAUGUUCAAAAUUAUAUUGACGCGACUUUAUUGUUAAGAGAAUAAGGUAAUUUUGAACACCUCGCCCGCUUAGCAACUUCUGCUGCUGACUGUACAAUAAUUCAAUGAGAUAUGAAAUAAAAUAAUUUAAAGAUU